GGGACUCCCAACGGCGGGCGCGGCGCCGAGCCUGCAGGGAAGGGGCGCGGAGCGGUGAGGCCUGACGGCUGCCCGCUCCCGGCCAGGCCUGAGCACCUGCGGCCGGCGGCACUGUCCCGGCCAUGUCGGAGCCUCUGCCCGCCUUCCUCGACCGGCUGUGGGGACCCUGGCUGGGCACCCGCAGCCCGCCCAGCCGGAGCUCGGCAGCCUCGCCUUCCAAGAGUUUUCUUGGAGGCUUUUUUGGUCCCAUUUGUGAGAUUGAUGUUGCCCUUAAUGAUGGGGAAACCAGGAAAAUGGCAGAAAUGAAAACUGAGGAUGGCAAAGUAGAAAAACACUAUCUCUUCUAUGAUGGCGAGUCUGUCUCAGGAAAGGUAAACCUAGCCUUUAAGCAGCCUGGAAAGAGGCUAGAGCAUCAAGGAAUUAGAAUUGAAUUUGUAGGUCAAAUUGAGCUUUUCAAUGACAAGAGUAAUACUCAUGAAUUUGUAAACCUAGUGAAGGAACUAGCCUUGCCUGGAGAACUGACUCAGAGCAGAAGCUAUGACUUUGAAUUUAUGCAAGUUGAAAAGCCAUAUGAGUCAUACAUCGGUGCCAAUGUCCGCCUGAGGUAUUUUCUUAAGGUGACAAUUGUGAGAAGAUUGACAGACUUAGUGAAAGAGUACGAUCUUAUUGUUCAUCAGCUAGCCACCUAUCCUGAUGUCAACAACUCUAUUAAAAUGGAAGUGGGCAUUGAAGACUGUCUGCACAUAGAGUUUGAAUAUAAUAAGUCCAAGUAUCAUUUAAAGGAUGUAAUUGUUGGAAAAAUUUACUUCUUAUUAGUAAGAAUAAAAAUACAACACAUGGAAUUACAGCUGAUCAAGAAAGAGAUCACAGGAAUUGGACCCAGCACCACAACAGAGACAGAAACAAUCGCUAAGUAUGAAAUAAUGGAUGGGGCGCCAGUAAAAGGAGAAUCUAUUCCGAUAAGAUUGUUCUUAGCAGGGUAUGACCCAACCCCCACGAUGAGAGAUGUGAACAAGAAGUUUUCAGUAAGGUACUUUCUAAACCUCGUGCUUGUUGAUGAGGAGGACCGAAGGUACUUCAAGCAGCAGGAGAUCAUCCUGUGGAGAAAAGCACCCGAGAAACUGAGAAAACAGAGGACGAACUUUCACCAGCGGUUUGAAUCUCCAGACUCGCAGGCCUCUGCGGAGCAGCCUGAGAUGUAAGCAGGUGGGCAGAGCAGCAAGUGCAAGAACCGGGCCAAGAGAGCAGCUCAGCUGGCUGACGACAGUCGCAGCGUGCGGACAUCCCAACUCCACGUCUGCUAGUCUUCCUUAUCCUAGAGUGCUGCGUUUAUUUUACAGUAUGAUUAAAGGUUUUGUGUAUAUACAUUUUAAAAAGUGCUUCUUGGAAACACUGGAGAAUUCCUAAGCUGCCUUUUUUGUUUUCUUUUUUACUGCACACUGAUAAGCACUCAGAAGCAUAAACAUUAAGGAUUUUCAUGUGAGUAGACUGGUAUUUGUAAUUUUGCUUUCUUUAUGCAUAAUGUUGAAAAUCCUUUUCUCUGUUUUCAUGCUAAUGAUUACCUCUUAUUCUCUAUGUGCAAAAAAUUAAAUAUUUUUGUUCAAGUAAAAUGAGAAAAACCUGAGCAGCCCUUAUGUCCUACAAAGUUUUAAGGCAUGGCUCCUCAGUAUUUUUGAGAAUUGUGUUUAUUUUUACAUGUGGAUCAGAAACCAACCUGGUGUUACAUGGUAGGCACUUCUGGGUCUACCAUUCACAGCCUCCUGAAUUUUAAUCUUUGGGAUCUCUGAGGUAUAUGAAAGAUUGUCACCCCAGGGAUGACAUGGUUUGUCAUCGUGGCCCUCUUGCCCCUUAUUGACCACGUUUGCUAUGACUUUCUGUAUCAUCAUGUAGGUUCUGCAGUGUGGAGUUGACACAUUGGCAUUUUAGAACUUGUUAAACCUGUAUCAUUUUUUUUCCAUAAAGACUUUGAAACAUGUAUAUAUUUUUUAAUUUAAGGACUACUUUCCAUGUGUAUGCAAAUCGUCACCUAGGAAUGAGAGAGCUUGGGAGAACCAGCCGAAGUGUCCAUAGCCGGACAAUUUCUUGUUAACUGGAAUAUUGGCUAGUUCAAACUUGACUUCACGUAGUCUAUUUAAAAAAACCCGAACCAAACAGAACAAAAAACACUAAAUUCAUACCAUUCUCUGAAAAGAAGGCUGCAGUCAGCUGAGCACAGACACACAACUGAGGCGUAUGGGGCAGGAGGAAGCCUGUGUGGGGGCCACUCUCACUCAGGGCUUGUUGGUUUCUGUACCAGUGUUCCUUGAUACACCUCAGUACAGGUUUGUCAGUUAACUUUACUUUCUAGGAAGCUCAACAGCCCAACUUAUGUUUCCUUAAACCUAUUUUUUACUAUGAUGGCACUUUGAUAAAAUGGCCAGCAACCAGCCCUGGCCAAAGGUUCACAUACCACGUCCUGGAGCAGCUAUUGUCAAUGUGGGUUUCUAAGGACGGCCAUGUUCUCCUUCAUGUAAGUGCCUGUUCAGAGUCUCAAAGUUUCAAAAUGCCAAAUAUUUUCAUGGUCACUUGCAUGUAUAAUCUAGGAAAUAUUCAAGGAGAUUUUGAAAAACAAUUGUAUUUAACCAGCCUCAAGUUGUGCAACCAUGAUAUAUAAAAUAAAUAAUUUGAAACAGAAACUUAAGUUUGUAGUUUAAAUAAAAUGACUUUAUUCUCAAAUCUUGUCAUUACAGCAUUGCCCAGUGGUUAGGAAGACAGUCACAACAGUGAACUUUUAUUAGUAGUACUAGCUUCAGGUUUGUUAAGGUUUUGUUUUGCUUUGUUUUUUUAGGUUUUAUUUAUUUUAUAUGUAUUGCUGUUUUGGCUGCAAGUAUGUCUGUGCAGGCAUGUGGGCAGUGCCCAAGGAGGGCAGAAGAGAGCAUUAGAUCUCUUGGAGCUGAAAUUACAGGUGUUUGUGAGCGGCCAUGGGGGUGCUGGGAACAGAACCAAGGUAGCCAGUGCUGUUGACCACUGAACCAUCUCUGGGUUCUCCAGCUUCAGUUUUAAGUAGUUAUAUAAUGCUUUUAAUUAAUUUGCUUAAAACUCAUAUAAAAUGCUUAUUCAUUCCA